AUGGUGAAAUAUUUUUCUGUGGACUGGCUGGUCCAGAGGUCCAAGGACCUGCAUGGUGGAUCCGCCUGCAAGCCGCACAUUCCCUGCAUGGUGCAGCCGCGCCAGCCGGCUUAUGGCAAAAGUUAUCUGCAGCCUAAACCCAAACCUGCAAAGUCCCACUUUUGCAACACCUCACUUCCAACACGCUGCAGCUCACCAAUUUCAGAGACAAGCGGCUAUUCUUCCGGCUAUGACAGCGAAGCGGCUUCCUCCGAAUGUCAGUCCGUGGACGAGGCCUGCGAGGCGGACAAAGAUGCUCCGCAGCAGCGCCGAGUGCGCACCAAGUUCACGCCGGAGCAGAUCAACAAACUGAUCAAGAUGUUUGACAAGCACAAAUACUUGGAUGCCGGCGAGAGGGUGAAGAUCGCGCACAAGUUGGGCCUCACUGAAACUCAGGUGCGGACCUGGUUUCAGAACCGGAGGAUGAAACUGAAGCGGGACGUGCAGGACUUCAGCCCCCAAGUCACGCCGGUGAUGUUCCGUCACGUCCCUCCGGGCCACUACCGCCCCACGGGGGCCCAGCACCACCACUACCACCCCGGCCCUGCAGCCUUCUACCUGGCGGCCCCUCGGAUGCUCCUGCAGCAGCAAGUCAUCAUCCGCAACCCGCAGUUUUACUAA